AUGGUUGGAGGGGCAAACCCAGCUAAACAUACGAGGAGCAAGAAAAAAGAAACCGUGGUGACGGAAGAGGAUAAUGAAAAUGAGGCUACUGUUCAAACAGAAACAGAGCCACCAGGCGAUGAUCCGCCAUCAGACGGAACUAACAAACCAGAGACAUACGAGGACUCAGACGCCGAAGACGGCGAUGAUGAAGAAGACGAACAGGAAAAACCUGUAACGGUCAAAGAACUGGUCAAAAGAUAUAUGAAGAAAACGAGACAAGAUGUCAGAGACAUUCGGGAAGACUACGGAGAAGAAACCCCAGACUCUGAAUCAGAAAAAGAGGAAAACUCCAAAGAUGAGGACAGAGAACGAGGAGAUGAGGAAGGAGAUCAAGGAAUGGCUGAUGAUGUGCCUGGAUGCCUGGAUGCCAAUGAUGAUGCUCCUGAAUUGGAUGCGAAAAAAGAAUGGGACUGUUCCAAAUGUGGGGCCAAAAACGAUGGGAAUUUCAAAUUUUGCCAUAGGUGUUUAAGAUGCGAUGAGGAUGAUUCGGCUGCAAAUUCGAAGAAAAAGUUCAAACAACGUUAG